AUGACCUUCGGGCCGCCCACGGACACCUCGGGUUUCGAGGUCCACCGCGCUUCCAUGAGGUGCCUGGACAAUGGAUUCAGCUUCGGCCUGGUGGAUGUCCGCAACAGCUCCGCCGUCGAGCUGCUCCUCACAAAGGCUUGGCUGGUGGAGUUCGCGCACCACGUGGACGUCUUGGCUAACCGCGGGUCCAAGGCCACGGGCAAGGGCAAGGCCGCUGCCGCUUCCCUCCAGCACGCCGUCUUCGGCGAGUCGGCGAUCGUUUCAGAGAUGACCACAGACCCGGGUUUGGCGAUGGUCCGCCCGAACUUCGUGGCGCACGCGGCCCCAGAGGUCGAGCACGACGUUGCCGUCCUCGAGCUGGUCUGCAGAGACCGAGAGGAAACGGGCGGCGCUGGCCCCGCCGAGCCGCAGGAACGACAAGGAGCGCCGGCGAAACCAGCUUCCACUCCCCUGACCUCGUUCGGUUUUGCAUCGAGGAUCUCGUGGAGCUGCUGCACAACUUAG